AUGGCCUUCCAAUUACCUUCCUUCCAGAUAUUUCUGCCAGUCUCUGAUACUUUAAAAUACUGUUUGUUGGCCUUUGCCAUAGCAUUGUUCCUGAUUGCACUGAUUAUUUUAGCGUGCAAGGUGCACCAGUACUAUAAGUAUAAAUCUUCUAUUGUGAAAGUGACCAUGGCCUUCCAAUUACCUUCCUUCCAGAUAUUUCUGCCAGUCUCUGAUACUUUAAAAUACUGUUUGUUGGCCUUUGCCAUAGCAUUGUUCCUGAUUGCACUGAUUAUUUUAGCGUGCAAGGUGCACCAGUACUAUAAGUAUAAAUCUUCUAUUGUGAAAGACACAAAGUUCAUCAAUGCCUCAAGUGUUUCAAAGAAGACUGAAGGAAAUAAUAUUUUAGUGAAAAGUUUAAGUCCUGGCUUCCUAGAGACCGCCAGGAAGGAGCAGGACUCAAAGAUCCAACUCAUGCAGAAGGAAAUGGAAAAGCUGGAAGUGCAUUUAUCACCGUCUCCUCCAAGCACAGAAAGUUUGGAUGACCUGGGCAGUGACUGUGAUCGUCCACAUGACUCCAGAGGGAAGCUUAAGUUUUCUCUUAAUUUGUGUAAGAAGACCAUGACCUUGCUUCUCAGUGUUAUUGAAGCCACAGACUUACCAGACAACAGCAGGGACCCCUUUGUCAGGAUAAGAGUCUUCUCCAAAGUAGAUGAGCCACAGUCGGAUGUGCAGUCUAUUCUUCAUGAAUGUGAAACAAGGGUGGUGAAAAACAGUAGAAACCCUGUCUUUGAUGAAGACUUCUCAUUAUCUUUAAAGAAUUACCAUCUGUCAAACAUCAUUUUAAAAUUAGAGGUCAAAGACUUUGACAAGUAUUCCAGACACACUCUUAUUGGAGAAGCAAAGGUGGCACUAAAAGAUCUAAAAACGUCUGAAACCUUGGAGUUUUGUGAAGAUUUGCAAGCGAAAACUAAGGAUAUUAUUGGAGAGGUUCUAAUCUCACUGAAAUGUUUACCCACUGCACAGAAGAUUGAAGUUGGGAUACUAAAAUUCAAAACAAGCUCACUGAGUCUUAUUCAGGAAAGAGAUGUGUACGCCAGAAUAGAUGUCUUCAGCAACCAACAUAAGCAAAAGCACCAGAAAUCCAGUCUUCGAGCAAAGUCUAAGGUGACCGUUUUCAAUGAAACCUUUCUCUUCAGCCUUCCUGAUCCAGGGAAAACUCACUGUCUGGUUCUCAUCUCACUGUAUGAAAAUGUGGCCAAUGGGAGGAAGCUCAUUGGACAAACUUCACUGGGCAACCAAAAGACCAAGUCAAGCCAUUGGGACAUGAUGAUGCAGACUCUUCGGCAGCCUAUAGCUGACUGGCAUCCACUGUAUAUUUGAAAAUAACUGUGUAUAUAAAAUAUGGACUUUGUAGCUGAAUUGUAUUGUUUUUGCUGUAAUGUGUAA